CGUCUGCUUGUGUGUUUUUUCGCAACUGUGGGCUUGAUUUGUGACGACAUAAAUGUUGUGUUUUUCAUGCAGUUGCAUGCGAAUACUGUCAACAAAAUAGCACAACGUUUCGAAGCUUUUGUGUGAGGAAAUGUCUACCUGGACAAACGAAUUUGACGUCUUCAGGGACCUCGAUAGACUGUCAGGACUUGGAAGAAGUAAUGUAACGUAUCCUUCUUUGAACGCCUUUGGUAGAGGAAAGCUGAUAAUCAAGGAAGAUCGAAAUGGAAGAAAAACGAGGGUUGCUCAGUUUUCACCACCACCUAAAAUCCCAGUGCCACAGAGUUGUCUGGAAGAACAACAACCCAGUAAGAUGCAAGAUGAAACAACAUGGGAAAGAGAUAGAGACCUUUAUUUGCAGCUGAGAGAGAUUUGUGGACGUGGCUACUCUAAUGAAUUGAUAGAGGAGGAGUUUGGACAAACAGAGUGCCACAGCCAAGAACAAUUGAAUGGUAUUUCUUGCGAUACUGGUGUUGAAGAUUUGCUGGAAGAAGCAAGCAACAAAUUAAUUCUCUCUGACAAAGAGCAUACAACCUUGACAUUAAAUAAAUCAGCAUCUUCACAGCUUCAGGCUUCGAAUACUGAAUUAGUAUUACCUGGUGCAAAGCAUUCACAACCAAGACUUUUUGUGCAUCCUCCAAAGCUGAAACCUAGCCGUAAUGCUCUACUGAAUAGCCUAGCCCGCAGGAAAAUUUUGCAGCUGUCUGACGAACCAGAAAUGACUGAUCUUCCCAUCACUUGCCAUGAAAGAGGAACUGGCUGUUUUGCAGAGGAUGUCAUUCCCAGUGAUAAAUGUCCACCAGGUGCAAAACUUUUAAAAACUGAGUUUGUUAAUGGAUUCUCUCACUCUGUCACUGAAGACAAACUGGCAAUGCCAGAUGUGGCUUCACAGAAGAUGGAGGUAGAAUCUGCGGAGAUAUGUGAUCAGGGACAGUCUUACAGGGAGUCUCAGAAGCAGUGCAUUAAUUGGUCGGAUAUUCGAAAACUGAAAGUCCCCAAUUACAGUCCUGUAUCCAUGUAUUCUGGUGGCUCACCGAGUUCGCCUGUACAUGCAGUCAACUCCUACACAUCUCAGAUGUCUAGACAGAACAGUAAAGUCAAAUCUAUUGCAGCUUCAAACAUUUUUGAUUUGCCAGGAUUGUCAGCCACACCAGAUUUCUUAUGGCGGACUCCUUACUAUGUAAUCCUCAAUGUCACCCUUCAUUCUGCACCACUGCUUAACAAGACUAAUUCAUCACUUACUGCUAAUCCACCACUAAGAACCAUGCCAGACAAGGCAGUGAAAACCAUUAUCAUGUGUUGGCAGAUCAUACAACAGCAGCAGUCAACUGCUGCGUUCCACUUGUGCAGUUAUGGUUGA